AUGUCAUCUACAUUACCAUCUCUCCCCUCGCAAUCCGCCCCCCGAAAGAGGCCCGGAACCCCAGAAAUCUCUGGUGGUGGGUUCCGGUCGACCGGUGAUCUAGUUUCUACCAGAUCACAGAGUAAGGGCGGUGAGGAGUUCAUUCCCACCUUAGAUCGAACAACGCGACGUACAUCUCAACGCAAGACGCAAUCCCUCACCUCUCAGACUCGCAAGGCCACUAUGCCACGUUCAAGGGUUAGCUCGCCUACUGAUCUAUCACAUCCCCGUUGUGGAGGCCCGCCUCCCCCUCCUAAUUCCGGAGCUGCCUCGAGGUUACGGCGAAACACAACAAACUGGAGCGCUCGUAUGUUUUCAGCCAAUUCUGCCAUGGAUGUAUCCUUUUUCCCAACCCCGGCGCCCUCACUGUCUCCAGAACCUAGUCCCCCUCUCUCCGCUCACAUUACUCUUAAGCAUAACGAGUCUUCGCUGGUUCUCGCAGAGAGUAGCAGCUCAUUAGCUCCACUAUCAACAAAGUUGCGCCGCCGCAGCGUAACGCCUGGUGUUUCCAAGCCUGCAUUCUCCUCGAUACCAUGCCAACAGGAGCCACCCGUCUCCUCUUUCAAGGGGAGUGGAAUAGCAUCAAUUGAUAUACCAAAGCCCAACCAUUCAUAUGGCAGUGAACCAUCUUCUACAAUAACAACCAACUGGCGGCCUUCUAUAGGAGAAAACCCGAUGGAUAGUCCAAAGUCGAGUGCUGCCCCAACGCAACGGUCUACGGAACUGAAUACCCGAAUGGUUAUCACACAUUUGGUUUUGACCAAUUUCAAAAGCUACGCUGGUAGGCAGGUUGUUGGCCCCUUCCACGUGUCAUUUUCUUCUGUGGUCGGGCCUAAUGGCUCCGGUAAAUCCAAUGUGAUUGAUGCGUUACUUUUUGUUUUUGGCUUUCGUGCAAGUAAAAUGAGGCAGGGGAAAAUUUCGGCACUCAUUCAUAACUCUGCUAAUUUUCCCAGCCUUCCUUUUUGUGAAGUCGAAGUCCAUUUCGAAGAAGUCUUGGAUCUCCUGGGAGGGAAGCUCGAGACCGUUCCUGAAUCUCGGCUUGUAGUUUCUCGGCGGGCCUUCAAAAAUAACACAAGCAAAUAUUAUAUGGACUGCAAAGAGACUAGUUUUACAGCAGUUACUAAUUUUUUAAAAGAUCGGGGAAUUGACCUGGAUCACAAGCGAUUCCUCAUUCUGCAAGGCGAAGUCGAGUCCAUUUCUCAAAUGAAACCAAAAGCUGCUAACGAACACGAUGAUGGCCUGCUUGAGUACUUGGAAGAUAUCAUAGGCACUUCGAAGUAUAAGUCUCCUAUUGACGAAGCUGCGGCUGAGGUUGAAACGCUGAACGAAGUGUGUGCGGAGAAGAAUAGCCGUGUUAAACAUGUUGAAAAGGAAAAGUCUUCUCUGGAGGAUAAGAAAAACAAAGCUUUAGCAUUCAUUAGAGAUGAGAAUGAACUCGCUGAAAAGCAAUCCUCACUUUAUCAAAUCUAUAUCGCCGAAUGCAAUGAUAACAGAAGGGUUACUGAGGAGGCUAUCCUGCAGUUACAAGAACUGCUGAAUCUCGAGCUCGAAAAACAUCAGGGCAGUGAAGACGGUAUCAAGAUUCUUCAGCGCCAAUUCAAGCAGCGAAUAAACGAAUUGGAAGCUAUGGAGGCAGAAACACAGACCGCCAUGAAAGAGGUGUCGAAGUAUGAUAAAGAGUCUGUCAAACUGGAGGAAAAGCGCAAAUUUAUGUUUAGUAAACAAAAGAAACUGGAAAAAGCAAUGCAAUCUAGUCGUCUGGCAGCCUCGGAGUGCGCAAGUUUGGCAGAAAAACACAGGGACGACAUUGAGAAAAAGGCCGCCGAGAUUGCUUUGCUUGAGAAUGAAAUGAAAUACGAAGAAAAAGAACUUUUUUCAAUCCGCGAAAGCCUGAAAGGCAAGACUGAAGGCCUUUCAGAACUGAUCGCUGAGAAGCAAAAGGAAUUGGAACCAUGGAACAAGAAAGUAAACGAAAAAAGGUCUGCAAUAGCUGUCGCCCAAAGCGAGCUGGAUAUACUUCGUGAGAAAUCUGGUGCAGGUGCGAUUGCUUUGGAAGAGGCUCAAGCCAGGGUAUUUUCCUUUCAAAAUGGUGUCAUCGCCAAAACCGAAGAGCUAGAACAACGUCGCACAAAAAAAAUUGAGCUCGAAAAUGAUGCGCAGACUGCCAUGACUGAACUACGCAAAUUUUCCGAAAAGGAAUCAGAUUAUCGUUCUCGCCUAUCCAGUGCUAGACAAAAAGCCGAGGAGGCGAGGGCUAGUUUAACAAGCACUCAGAACCAGGGGAAUAUUCUUUCUGGCUUGAUGAGACUGAGAGAAUCAGGCCGCAUCGAGGGAUUUCACGGGCGACUGGGCAAUCUAGGGACAAUCGACGAAAAUUUUGACGUGGCUAUCUCGACUGCGUGCCCGGCACUUGACAAUCUUGUAGUUGAUUCCGUGGAAGUUGGCCAACAAUGUAUCGAAUACCUUCGCAAGAACAAUCUUGGUCGAGCCAAUUUUAUCUUGUUGGAUAAAUUACCUCGUAGGGACAUGUCGCCAGUCUUUACUCCGGACAGUGUACCCCGAUUAUUUGAUCUAGUAAAGGCUGUCGACCCGAAAUUUAGCCCUGCGUUUUUCAGUGUUUUGCAAAAUACGCUUGUGGCUAAAGAUUUAGAGCAGGCGAAUAAAAUAGCUUACGGGCCUAGAAGAUGGAGGGUUGUCACCCUCGAUGGUCAGCUUAUUGACCUAUCCGGUACGAUGAGUGGAGGCGGCUCUCGGGUUACUAGAGGAGCCAUGUCAUCGAAAAGGGUUGCUGAUGUUUCUAAGGAUCAAGUGCUUAAACUUGAUGCGGAGCGUGAUUACAUGGAGAAGAGGUUCCAGGCAUUCCAGGAGAGACAACGGCAGUUGGAGGUAUCAGUUAAGGAAAUAAUGGAUGAGAUUCCUAAAAUCGAAACUGUCAUGCAAAAGCUUCAUUUGGAGAUUGAGAGUAGCAGACGGAAUUUAACAGAUGCCAAUCGUCGUGUGAAAGAACUAGUUGCUGAACACAAACCAUCACAGGAUGAUGACGACAGCGUUACUACCCUUGAGGAACAUAUUUUGACUUUGGAAACCCAAACAGAUCAAUUAAAUAAAGAGAAAGGCGGCAUAGAAAAAGAGAUACAAACCUUGCAAGAUAAGAUCAUGGAGAUUGGCGGCGUGAGGCUUCGGGGACAGAAGGCCCAGGUUGAUGGACUUAAAGAACAGAUUUCGCUUCUUACAGAUGAAGUGUCAAAUGCCGAGAUAGCAAAAUCGAAAACAGAAAAGUUGCUUGUGAAGCAUGAAAAGUCACGCUCUAACUGUGAAGCAGAACUCGAGCAUUUAGCAGAGGAACUUGAUAGACUCACUCAAGAAAUAGAAGGCCAGGUAAUCACGACAUCGAAAAUGAAAGAGAAGGCUGAAACUUCACAAGACGCCUUGCUCGCCAGAAAGGAAGUUCUGGCAACCCUGAAAGCAGAACUAGAUGAGAAAACAAUCGAGCUUAAUGAAACUCGUGCGAGUGAGAUAGAGAUGCGGAAUAAACUAGAUGAAAACCAAAAGGUUUUGGUCGAAAAUCAGAAGAGAGGCAAAUACUGGGAGGACAAAUUGUCCAAGUUAGAGGUUCAGAAUUUGAGUGAUCUCGGCGAGGAGCAAAUCUCGGACCACCUACCCGUUUUCAGCAAAGAUGAGCUUUCUGGCAUGAAUAAGGAAUCAUUGAAAGCCGUCAUAGCUGCUUUAGAGGAAAAAACUCAGGAUACCCAGGUGGACGUAUCAGUUUUAGGUGAAUAUAGACGUCGAGUAGCGGAGCACGAGUCUCGAUCUGCCGACCUAGCGGCGGUUCUCGUUUCUCGAGAAAAUGCUAAAUCUCGUCUCGACACCCUCCGUUCGCUCCGCUUGACCGGAUUUAUGGAGGGAUUCAAUACGAUCUCUCUUCGCUUGAAAGAAAUGUAUCAAAUGAUUACCAUGGGUGGCAAUGCGGAACUCGAGCUUGUGGACUCGCUUGAUCCAUUCUCAGAGGGUAUAUUGUUCUCUGUUAUGCCACCGAAAAAGAGCUGGAAGAAUAUUAGUAACCUCUCAGGAGGGGAGAAGACUUUAUCGAGCCUUGCCCUAGUGUUCGCUUUGCAUCAUUAUAAGCCCACUCCGCUGUACGUCAUGGAUGAAAUCGAUGCCGCUUUGGACUUUAGAAAUGUUUCUAUUGUUGCCUCUUAUAUCAAAGAGCGCACAAAGAACGCGCAGUUUAUUGUUAUCUCCCUUCGAAAUAAUAUGUUCGAACUCGCUUCUCGACUUGUUGGUGUGUAUAAAGUGAACCACAUGACCAAAAGUGUCACUGUGGAAAAUAAGGAUUAUCUUAAAGUCUGA